CCGGACGCGCUGAGGUGGGCAAUCCGCUCCUUCCGUUGGGAAGUCAACGCCUUCUGGCGGCUUUGCGGAGCUGCUGCUUUGGCGGGAGUUGGCGGCUGGUGUGAGAAAGGAUCAGCAUCUCCGGUACAGCCCCCAGCUGUGCUAGGAGAUGGCCGGGUUGGUGUGGAUGGCUCUCAUGGCCACCAUGUUGGAAGGCAGAUGCCAAACUCAGCCAAGGAGCAGCCCCAGUGACCGAGAGACUAGCCUGUGGUCCUCAAGCUUUGGGAUGAAGCUGGCAUCUGUCACCCCAUUCCUGGGGAAAUAUCGCCCCUUUGUGGGUCGCUGUUGCCAGACCUGCACCCCGAAGAGCUGGGAGUCCCUCUUCCACAGAAGCAUAACGGACCUAGGCUUCUGCAAUGUGAUCCUGGUGAAGGAGGAGAACACGAGGUUUCGGGGCUGGCUGGUUCAAAGGCUGUAUUUCCUGUGGUCCCUGGAGCAGCACAUCCCCCCCUGCCAGGAUGCCCCACAGAAGAUCAUGGAAAGCACCGGGGUGCAGAACCUCCUCUCAGGGAGGGUCCCAGGAGGUGCUGGGGAAGGCCAGGUGCCUGAUCUUGUGAAGAAGGAGGUACAGCGCAUCCUGGGUCACAUCCAGGCCCUACCCCAUCCCUUCCUGGUCAGGCUGUUCAGCUGGGCGCUGCUGCGGUUCCUUAACUGCCUCUUCCUGAAUGUGCAGCUCCACAAGGGUCAGAUGAAGAUGGUCCAGAAGGCCGCCCAGGCAGGCUUGCCGCUUGUCCUCCUCUCUACUCACAAAACCCUCCUGGACGGGAUCCUGCUGCCCUUUGUGCUGCUCUCCCAGGGCCUGGGUGUGCUCCAUGUGGCCUGGGACUCCCGCGCCUGCUCCCCUGCCCUCAGAGCUCUGCUGAGGAAGCUUGGGGGGCUUUUCCUGCCCCCAGAGGCCAACCUCUCCCUGGACAGCUCUGAGGGGCUCCUUGCAAGGGCUGUGGUCCAGGCGGUCAUAGAGCAGCUGCUCUUUAGUGGGCAGCCCCUACUCAUCUUCCUGGAGGAACCUCCUGGGGCUCUGGGGCCACGGCUGUCAGCCCUGGGCCAGGCUUGGGUGGGGUUUGUGGUGCAGACAGUCCAGAUGGGCAUCGUCCCAGAUGCUCUGCUGGUACCAGUGGCCCUCACCUAUGACCUGGUUCCGGAUGCACCAUGUGACAUAGACCAUGCCUCAGCCCCCCUGGGGCUGUGGACAGGAGCUCUGGCUGUCAUACGAAGCCUGUGGAGCCGCUGGGGCUGCAGCCGCCGGAUCUGCUCCCGGGUGCACCUAGCUCAGCCCUUUUCCCUGCAGGAAUACAUCGCCAGUGCCAGAAGCUGCUGGGGCAGCAGGCAGACCCUGGAGCAGCUACUGCAGCCCAUCGUGCUGGGCCAAUGUACUGCUGUCCCAGACACUGAGAAGGAGCAGGAGUGGACCCCCAUAACUGGGCCUCUCCUGGCCCUCAAGGAAGAGGACCAGCUCCUGGUCAGGAGACUGAGCUGUCAUGUCCUGAGUGCCAGUGUGGGGAGCUCUGCGGUGAUGAGCACGGCCAUCAUGGCGACGCUGCUGCUCUUCAAGCACCAGAAGCUCCUGGGGGAGUUCUCCUGGCUGACAGAGGAGAUACUGUUGCGUGGCUUUGAUGUAGGCUUCUCUGGGCAGCUGCGGAGCCUGCUGCAGCACUCACUGAGCCUGCUGCGGGCGCAUGUGGCCCUGCUGCGCAUCCACCAGGGCGACUUGCUGGUGAUGCCGCGGCCUGGCCCAGGCCUCACACACCUGGCACAGCUGAGUGCUGAGCUGCUGCCCGUCUUCCUGAACGAGGCUGUGGGUGCCUGUGCAGUGCGGGUGCUGCUGGCAGGCAGAAUGCCACCCCAGGGGCCCUGGGAGCUGCAGGGUAUAUUGCUGCUGAGCCAGAAUGAGCUGUACCGCCAGAUCCUGCUGCUGAUGCACCUGCUGCCGCAAGAUCUGCUGCUGCUAAAGCCCUGCCAGUCUUCCUACUGCUACUGUCAGGAGGUGCUGGACCGGCUCAUCCAGUGCGGGCUCCUCGUUGCUGCGGAGGCUACACAGAGCAGCUGUUCCAGUUCCUGCAGGCCACCGCCCAGGAAGAAGGGAUCCUCCAGUGGGCGGACGUAAACCUCGCCAGCAGUGCUAUCUGGACCUUCAGAGACUUAGGGGUGAGAGGAACCAGUGUCACCAUCUUCCUGUCUUCCUGCUCCCACCCCAAUAGAGUGGCUCAGGGAAACCCAGCUAUGUCCCCAUCACCCCACAGGGCUGGCCUGAUGGUGCCUCAUUAAAACCCUGGGAUUUA